AUGUCGACGAUUGAAACACAACACGGCGCAUAUCUUGAAUCCGAACCUCUUGCUGGAGAAUAUGCAGUAGAAACGACUCCUCUGCUUAGGCCUAAUUCGGAUCCCAGUUCAAGUCGUGCAAGGAGUCACUCCAGAGAAACCGGCGACGCUCAAAAUUCACAGGAACACCUGCCUACUCUUCCCUUACUCUUGGAUCAAUUCAUUAUCCUUCUUAAAUCUUCAUUGCCUGUAUUCGGAACGCAUCUUUUAGAAUAUGCGCUCCUAAUAACGAGCGUUCUUGCUGUCGGUCAUCUGGGUAAAUUGGAGCUUGCUGCAUGUACUCUAGGUUCCAUGACCGCAAAUGUUACGUCGUUUAGUAUCGUCAUCGGAAUGGGAGGAGCUUUGGAUACCGUACUUCCUGGAGUUUGGGGAGCAAGUGCCGGCGCCUCUCAUGACUCCGAACCCUUAAAGAUAGAAUCUGGACGAGAUAAUACAAAACUCGCUGAUUCCCGCCUCUUCGGACUAUGGUGUCAACGAAUGGGUGUACUAUACCUUUUCCUCCUCGUCCCAAUGCUUUGUAUAUGGCUUAACGCUGAAGGGAUCCUGGUUUUGUUGCGGCAAGACAAAGAAGUCGCCAGACUAGCUGGUAGAUAUCUCGCCAUGCUUGCUUUUGGCCUUCCAGCAUUCUCUUUUAAUACGAUCGCAAAGCGGUAUUUCCAAGCUCAAGGUCUCUUCAGCGUACCCACAAAGAUUGGGACAAUCGUAGCUGGGGUGAACUUUGUGCUCACAGGAUUAUUUGUUUACUACCCACACCCGCUACCCAGGACUCUUGCACCUUAUUUACACCUAGGAUUCGAUGGCGCUCCCCUCGCAACUGCAAUCUCAUAUAAUCUAGUUGCGCUGGGAAGCGUAUUUUGGGGCUGGAGAAUCGAAGUUGCGAGAAGACUGCGCCGUGAAGCUUGGGAAGCCCGGCAUGAACGGGUUGCUGAUCAAGGUUAUUACACUGCACAAAUGCCAAGUGAAGGUACUGGCUCUUCGAGUACCGCGGUAAGCUCGAGAAACACUUCGAGAGACGUAUCGCCUGCAAAGAGGUCAGUGAGCACAGUUCCCGAGUUACACCUGGCCCAGAAUCAUCGAGACUUGUAUCAGAACGAAAUGCGACCUGCGUGGCACCCGUUAUCCGUGCGCGCGUUACAUCCCACGGGUCUUGGGACCCUUCUCACUCUCGGACUUGGUGGUGUAGGCCAGACUGCAUCUGAAUGGUGGGCUUGGGAGUUAGUUGGCCUUGCUGCCUCACUGUUGGGACCUACUGCCCUUGCCGCCCAAUCUGUCUUACUUGUAUCAUGCUCAACAACAUAUCAAGUCCCAUUCUCAUUAGGCGUAGCCACGAGUGUCCGGAUCGGUCAACUCCUCGGACUUGCACAACCACGACUCGCAAAACUUGCUGCACACGCUGCCAUUCUCCUAGGGUUUGCACUUUCUCUAAUAUUUAGCGUCAUUUUCUGGAUCUGGCGCAAAGAAUGGUCGUAUUUAUUCAACAAUGAUGAAGAUGUCGCUGAAAUGGUGGCGAGUAUUUUGCCUCUUGUCGCCUUGUUUCAAGUGUUCGAUGGAAAUGCAGGAAUCACCGGUGGAGUUUUGAGGGCCAGAGGAAAACAAGGUACUGGGGCUCUACUCAAUUUGAGUGCCUACUACGUACUGGGAGUGCCCCUCGGUGUUUAUCUGGCAUUCAAAGAUAUUGGUCUGCCCGAAUCCCUCCCUGACCACUCAGUUGUCCACUCACUCAGCAGGCAAAUAACGACGAUGUUAGCGCCUCAGUCGGCAUACCCUCCCACACCCUUACCAUCACUUCAUUUCCAGCCCCUUUUCAAUGGAUCAAACGCUGUUUCGCCACUCCAAAAUUUGAACCUCGAUGAUCCGGUGUACCCGUCGUUACCAGAAGCCACUGCUGGUUUGCGAGGGCUCUGGACUGGUUUGACCGUGUCGCUUGUGUACUGUGCAGUCCUCGGGACGAUAUUAUGCUUAAUGACUGAUUGGGAACACGAGGUGGAUAAGGUCAGAGCUAGACUGCGAGCAGAAGAGCGACGGGAUCAUCAGGAGAAUGCGAGGAGCAAUUCCAGUGGUGAAACUACUUUUACCGACACAUAG